CAAAUACCAUUGAUAGAUUUUGAGUUUGAGAUGCCUGACAUUUGAUACAGUGGGUUGAUUACGUCCAUAUUAAGCGACUGGAUCACAGCAGUGUAGAGAUGACUCCACCUUUUUCCAGCUCCAUCAAAGGGUUGGGUCCGGAGGAAGAUUUAAGCGGUUAGUAGGAGGAAGCUGAGCUAACUUCUAACUGACACGCGUUUCCUCACUUUAUCAGCCAUCUUUCGACAAACUCUGGAGUUUUAUUUGAACAUAACUGGAGAAGCUUUCCCACACUGACAAGGAAGAAUCCGCUUGGCUUUUGAUGAUUUAAGGGAAGAAAUUUGUUCUCAAACAGAUAUUUGGGUCACAAGAAGGGAAGAUGGUCAGUAUGCUUCGGGAGAUUCAAGAGUUUGGCUCACACGCCAUGGAUAUCUAUGACUACCUCUUGGCAGGAAUUGAUCCACGGCUGAAGGGGUAUCCAUUGAUGCAAAGUCCUGUUCCCAUGACCGCAAUAUUGCUGUGCUACCUUUUUUUCGUACUGUACCUUGGACCUCGCAUAAUGGCCAAUCGGAAGCCCUUCCAGCUCAAGGAAGCCAUGAUAGUUUACAACUUCUUGCUGGUGGCACUUUCGAUAUUCAUUGUGUUUGAAUUUCUGAUGUCUGGAUGGACUACAACAUAUACCUGGAGAUGUGAUGCAAUUGAUACCUCUGACAGUCCUCAAGCUCUCCGAAUGGUUCGGGUAGCAUGGCUCUUCUGGUUCUCCAAGAUCAUUGAGCUGAUGGACACAAUGUUCUUUGUGUUGAGGAAAAAACACAGCCAGAUUACUUUCCUGCACAUCUUCCAUCACUCACUCAUGCCCUGGACCUGGUGGUGGGGAGUUAGCUAUGCUCCUGGUGGAAUGGGAUCUUUCCAUGCCAUGGUGAAUUCUUCUGUCCAUGUCAUCAUGUAUUUCUACUAUGGCCUUGCUGCCGCUGGACCACGUUUCCAGAAGUUUUUGUGGUGGAAGAAAUACAUGACUGCCAUUCAGCUGAUCCAGUUUGUCCUGGUCUCUCUCCAUGCCACCCAGUAUUAUUUCAUGGACAGCUGUGACUACCAGUUCCCCAUUAUCAUCCACCUCAUCUGGAUGUACGGAACUUUCUUUUUCAUUCUCUUCUCCAACUUCUGGGUCCAGGCUUACGUCAAGGGUAAACGGCUACCAAAGCAGGACAUUAAGCAGCAUCAGAACAGCUCAUCUGUCUACACAAACAGCAAACACCAGGAGAAUGGAAAACACCACGAGAAUGGCAAACGUCAUGAGAACGGCAUCAACCAUGGAACCAGCAAUGGUUCUGCACAUCACGAGAAUGGUAGCGCCCACAAUGGCAAGAUGAAAAAGGCCUAGGUCCUCUGGAAGGAGAUGCUGAAAAGAUAUGACCCAGAUAGUUUGUUAAAACUUCUACGGAUUCCAAAGAUAAUUUGACUGUUUUCCAGUUUUAAGCUUCUUGUGUAAAAUAUGGAAGAACAACUUGGUCAAUGAUUUCCACAGCCAGGGUUCCACAUGGGUUGGUUUAUUGGUUUCUUUGCAUUAGCAAACCAACUAAGGAACACAAUAUAUGAAGAGAAGAUGUUUUUGACCUAAAUCAGUCUUCACUGAUGUUGCAAGCAAACUCUUAGCUCAGUUUCACUCUUAGUGGCCUUUCAACCCACUUGCUGACUUAUUCGACUCCCUCCCCCCUUCCUCCUCCCCCUUCUGUGGACCGAUGACUGUACAGUUUCUAUAAAACUUGAAAAUACAGUUUUGUAAAUAGUUUUACAAUAAACAAAAGUAACUAAUUGGUGCGCUUUAGACUUUCUAAAUUUGUCACAUUGUGUAUUUAAAAUUUAAUUACCAAUAAAUUGUUUUAAAUUA